UUCCUAUAAAAUCAAUUUACUCAAAUCGUUAAUCGGAAAAUAUACGAAAAAUGUGGUUUAUAGUAUGUUCUGUAUUAGUACUGGGUGGUGCUUUUGCCAAACCUGCGUCUCAACCCUUGUACAGUAGUCAGUAUGUGAGUGCUCAAGCUAUUCCGACAGUGAAAUAUAGGACAGAACCUGAUGCAACUCAGUAUCUUGCACAAACAAGUUAUGACAGAAGUAGAGGGCAAGGAUUGCAGCAGUAUGCAACGCAACAACAACAAUCUGCUGACCGGCAGGCACAGAAGGCUCAGUUCGGUGGUCCUCACUAUCUGCAGCAAAUCCAAGCUGCCCAACAACAAGCCGAACCCAGAGAAAACUAUCCUAUACCAAGAAAAGCAACGCAACAAUCAUAUGGCGGUCAACAACAACAAGUGAGGUACGUGCAGCAAAAACCUGUUGCUAAAGGAUACAAAUUGAAGGAACAGCAGGCGGUAGAGAAGGAAGAAGAGGAAGAAUAUGAUCCGAAUCCUUCGUAUCAGUUCGGAUUCGACGUCAAGGACGACCUCAACACGAACUACCAGAACCGUAAGGAACAAAAGGAGGGAAACAAAAUUACUGGAAGUUAUUCCGUGGUGGAUUCGGACGGUUUUAUACGUACUGUAACUUAUACGGCGGAUCCCAAGGAGGGAUUCAAAGCUGAGGUACACAGACAACCAACUGACAUCGUUAUCAAAAUACCAACGAGGGAACCCCAACAAGAGAGACAUAGGCCCGAGCAACAAUAUCUCCAGGCUGUCCCUCAUAGAAAAGGACAACCACGACCUGUAGAAAGAGAGAAUGUUGUAUACCAGUAUCAGUAGUUUCUAUUUAAAAAUUCAGAUCUCAAAGAAAUGUUAAUUUUUCGUCAUUUGUUUUUAUAGUUUAGUUAAUAAGUUAAAGUUUGUGAUUUUUAUGAUUGAAUAAAUUUUAAUAUAAGA